UCCACCUACGACGCUGUAUUUCUCUUUAUACAUCCAUGCUUGCUAAACUCUGCACUCCGUAUGUAUGAAAAUGUUAACCAUUCUGACGUUUUGAUAUCACAUAUGCAGUCACGGUCAGUCCUUUUAUAGCCACGUGAUCAAUGACGGCUUUGGUCAGCCAUGGCUGUCGUGUCAUGGAAGGAGAUUUUACUUUUGACUGGACUGGUGGUGGGAUGUUACUGGAACAGUCUGUCCUGCGGCUUUGUGUUUGAUGAUGUCUCUGCAAUCCUUGACAACAAGGACCUACGACCCUCAACCCCUAUCCGCAACCUAUUCCAAAAUGACUUCUGGGGAACACCCAUGUCUGAGGAGCGGAGCCAUAAAUCUUACCGACCCCUAACGGUACUCACCUUUCGAGUGAACUACCUCUUCAGUGAGCUGAGCGCUGCCUCCUACCAUUUUCUCAAUGUUGUUCUACACGCCGUAGUAUGUGUGCUUUUCCUGCGAGUGUGCCGUUUGUUCCUGGACAACACCUCCAGCUUGGUGGCAGCAUUGCUGUUUGCUGUGCACCCCAUCCACACUGAAGCU